GUUUGCAAAAAAAUUAAUUUAGAGAAUUGCAAACUUUUGUAAUGAAAUCUUAUUAAUACCAGCUUUCGCCCCAUUUGGAGCGUGGAAUGCAUAAAUAAAAAGUUUUAAAAACCAGGUCCAAACCUUCACUGAUCGUGAGAAACCGCUGAUUGAGAGAAAUAAUUUGUCAACUUCUGAAAUUAUGAAUUCAUUUAAGACGUCUAUGUUUCAUUUUAUGCUCCAUUUAUACUUAAAAAUGUAUUAAUAAAAAUUUUUUAGUUUUGCUUAAUAGAUCCAUGCGAAAACAGAUCCAUGCAGUUAAGUCAUUGACUAUUUAAUUUCUUGCUUUUGCCACCAUAGCGCUGGGAUUAAAAUGAAAGAAAGUGUUCAUAGGCCGUUUUGGCAUGUGCACGUUGUUUCGUGCAUUUUGUUAAUGUUUUAUUUUGUAGUUAGUCGUUAGGUCAGUAUCAAACAUAUAGGUUUAUCAAUUUUUUCGAAUGUAAAAUUUCACUAAAACGGUAAGUCGAAAGGAGAACGCAAUAAUGGGGCUGUACAAUUUCAAGAAAAUCGCGGUUGUACCCACCGCAAAGGACUUUAUUGAUAUAAUCUUAUCAAAAACACAACGCAAAACUCCAACCGUUGUACACAAAAAUUAUAAAAUUGCAAGGAUACGUGCAUUUUAUAUGCGUAAAGUGAAAUUUACGCAACAGAACUUUCAUGACAGAUUGUCUCAAAUCAUACAGGAAUUUCCUAAACUAGACGACGUUCAUCCCUUUUAUGCUGAUUUAAUGAACGUUCUUUAUGAUAAAGAUCAUUACAAAUUAGCUCUUGGUCAAAUAAACAUAGCAAGGCAUUUAAUUGAUAACGUUGCAAAAGAUUAUGUCCGUUUGAUGAAAUAUGGAGAUUCUUUAUACCGAUGUAAACAAUUGAAAAAAGCUGCUUUAGGUCGCAUGGCUACUAUCAUGAAAAGACAAGCAGCGAAUCUGGCAUAUUUAGAACAAGUACGUCAACAUUUAGCUCGUUUACCUAGUAUAGAUCCUUAUACACGUACCAUUAUAAUAUGUGGCUUCCCAAAUGUUGGUAAAAGCAGUUUCAUUAACAAGAUAACACGUGCUGAUGUUGAAGUUCAACCAUAUGCAUUUACGACAAAGUCAUUAUAUGUUGGUCAUACAGAUUACAAAUAUUUAAGAUGGCAAGUAGUUGAUACACCCGGAAUUUUAGAUCAUCCGCUCGAAGAAAGAAAUGUAAUAGAAAUGCAAGCAAUAACUGCACUUGCACAUUUGCGAGCGGCUGUACUUUAUUUUUGUGAUAUAUCGGAACAAUGUGGUCACAGCUUAGAAGAACAGGUAAAAUUAUUCGAAUCGAUCAAACCUCUGUUUGCUAACAAACCUCUGACAGUUGUGGUAAAUAAAGUGGAUAUUCUACAUCUGGAAGAACUUCCACCUGACAAACGAGCACUUUUAAAAUCAUUGGACGGUAAAGAUGUCCCAGUAUUGGAAAUGAGUACAAUUACUGAUUUUGGUGUAAUGGACGUGAAAAUACAAGCGUGUGAACGUCUACUAGCCUUCCGUGUUGAUCAGAAGAUAAGGACGAAAAAGGUAGAGGGACUGCUUAAUCGUUUACAUGUUGCACAACCGGUACCGAGAGAUGAAAAGAUUCGCGCUCCAUGUAUUCCUGAAGGCGUUUUAAGAAAGAGAAGAGAAGCAUUGAAAGAAAAACGAAAAUUAGAACGAGAAAUAGAAGAAGAAAUGGGAGAUGAUUAUGUGCUCGAUUUGAAGAAGAACUACGAUAUCGAGGGCGAUCAAAAAUAUGAUAUUAUCCCAGAGAUUUGGGAAGGACACAAUAUUGCUGAUUAUAUCGAUUCAGAUAUAUUCGAUAAAUUAAAUGAAUUAGAAAAAGAAGAACAGCUACGUGAAGAGGCUGGAAUGUACGAUUAUAAAAUGCCCCAGUUGUCUGAUACGAUGCGCGAUAUUGUACAAAUGGCUAAGCAAAUUCGAGAAAAGAAAGCUAUCAUGAAAGACGAAGCCCGAAUACAGAAGGCUUCUACAAAACCUGUAAUGCCACGCACAGCAAUGGCCAAACUUCGUGAUAGAUCGGUAUCAAAAUUGAAAGAACAAAUGGAAGAUUUGGGUAUCGAUAUGGAAAACACUGAAAACGCACAUUUCACCAAGACAAGAGGACGUUCAAGAUCAUUAUCGCAACCAGCUAGGAAACGCAUGAGACUACAAUCUGAGUCUCAGUCAAGAGCUAGAAGUAGUUCAAGACCUGCACGAGAUGAAAUGGGUGUGAAAGAUCCUGCCAUGAAGACUAAAUUAAAGAACAUUGCGCAUAAAGCUUUGAAGAAAAAGAUAGCGAAGAAAGGAUUGAAGGGAGAAGGAGAUCGAUUUAUCGGCACGAAAAUGCCAAAACAUUUGUUUUCAGGAAAACGAGGCGUCGGCAAAACAGACAGAAGAUAAUGAUAUUUCACGUUGUUAUUCUCAAUGAAUUUUCGUUACGCGAUUCUUGUGUGAAGAAACAAAAUCUUAUUAUCUUAACAAUGUCUGUAAAGAGUUAAUUAAACUCGUCGAUAGAUAACGUAACAUGAAUGAAUUGUCUUGGAUAAUGCAUAAUUUAGUGACCUUUGACUUUGUACAUAAAUUAACAUCGCAUUUAGCGAAAAUUUAUUGCUGUCGUACAUGAUAACCUUUUACACACUACGGUAAAGUUUGCCUUAUUUGUAGAUUCGUAUUCCUUCCUGUGUAAUCUAUGUACAUCUGAAUAUGUCACAUCGUAUAAUAUUUACUGUUUCUUCAUAUCGUUGUUGGAUUAGAAAACCGAGUAACUUCAAUUUUUGUAUGAACUGUUGAACGAAACAGACAGAAAUUUAAGAAUGGUUUUAUUUAAUAAAGAUCAUUCAUAAAUUAUUUCGUUAUAAAUAAGGAAUAAAAUUUAAUUUUACAUCGACAGUAGUCAAUUAAACAAUACAUGUAACGCGAGGUUACGAUGCCCAUCAUAGUGCGCCAUCGAAAUUGAUUCAACAAAUGAUAUACAUGAUAUAAGAACGCAUUUAACUUUUGGUCAAAGUACAGUGAGACCAUUACAAUUUCGAUAUGCGUUCAUUUAUGUCGGAGACCAAGUAGAAGAAUCUCUUGAUAGUCAAUAAUUUAUGAACAUUAUACAUAUUUGCAGGAGCAUUCACAAGAUUUUUGCCGCGCACAAAUUUCAGUCGUGCUACAAACUCUCGAUACAAAGUUUAUAUUUCAUAAAAAAAAGCACAAUUUCUUCAAGAUUCAUUUGACAAUAUUUCAGUAGUAACAAUUAUCAUUGAAUAUUCAAUCGAACAAUGAAGUACAAGCAGUCAAACUGUUCCGGUUGACUCCAUUUAAGAUUAACACUAACCAAAUAAUAGAAAUAUUGCUGUUGCGAUUUUUCUUUCUUUCCGAUAACGUCUCUAUACAUUGAUUCUUUCAUAUUAAAAUAGAAAAAUAAGAAGAAAUUAGAGAGAAAGACUACAUAAAAAGAUAGAAAGAAGGAAGUAAGACAAUAAAAAAUAAAAAUAUGAAAUACGAUUAUUACAAGCAGAAAGAUUAGAUAUCUUUUAGUAUCACAGUCAAUGCGAAAGUCUAGAUCAAGAGCCUGGACCUUCGACGAUGCUUCGAGUCGAAUCAAAUCGAACGUUGAUCAGCGAUACGAUUAAAUUUUACGUCGUUCGUUUUACGAAUAACUGUCUGAUCGUUUGAAACGUUUACAAAUGAAUAUGCCAGGCGGACAAGGAGUCGAACGAGAAACAAAUUUCGCGUGAUACAAUGACAGCAAGUGUUUUCAGUAUGUCGCGAGGAAACGACGAAAAAGUAACACAACCGAAACAAUAUUCGGACGAUUCUUUGGUAAGUCGUCUGCGGUUAUGAAAAUUCUCAUUCUGUUGCUAUAAUUUUUAAUCGCAGCCCGUAUUAUUGUGUCGUUUCGAUCGAACGUGUUCAUGUUUUACCGUUCACUCCCAUUCACUCGUUUAUUAUUCGUUCACAUUCGUACACUAAUUUAACAAUUAGUUCGCACAGUCAAUCGUUCCGCCGAUUCGUCCGUUCGGAAAGAAAGAACAAAGUAUUGUUUUCUUUUUUCUUUUUUUUU